AGCUUGCUUGCUGUGCUGCCCGACUGCCCACCAUACUCCGCUUCACCCGUCGCAGCCACUCGUACGCGCCAAAGAUGGAGAACUACUACGCUGGCAACCCGCUCAACCGCCUCAGCUACCUCCGAUCGUCCGCCUCGUUCCUAUCGUCCGCCCUCGACUCGCCAAAGGCCCGCUUCCUCGCGCUCGACAACCUCUCGCCCCUGUCGCGCACCGCCAGCGACGGCGUCCGCCACCUCGAGUACCUCGCCUUUGCCGACGUGCGCGACUACAUCGGCGACCCCAAGCUCGUCUUCCACGGCAUCGACGGCAAGAACGACGCAGACGUGCCCAAACUCGCCCUCCUCGGCCUCGAGGGCAAGAAGCUCGCAAAGUCCACCGUCGGCGACCUCACCCCGGACGAGAAGCGCCACUACUUCCUCAACCAGUGCUCGCUCGUCUUCCUCGGCGUCGACGAGCGGUCCGCCCCCGAGUCGGCCAAGUCGCUCCCGCUGUCCAAGCCCGACGACAACUCGACCCUCGAGACGCACUCGCCGUACGGCGUCCCGUACUGGGCCGUCGACGUGUCGUCGUUCGGCGACCUCAAGAGCUCGGCGCAAAAGGACGGCGCAAAGUUCAUGGAGCUGCGCUCGGGCGCACAGACGAUGCCGAACGAGGAGGCGUCGAUCGCUGCCGAGGCCCGCAGCCUCAUCGACUGGAACACGCGCAACAAAUUCUGCCCCGCCUGCGCCCGCCCGAUCCGGUCCGUCUGGGCCGGCUGGAAGCGCUGCUGCAUCCCGGGCGAGCUCGGCAGCUCGGGCACCGACGGCGAGGCGGGCGCCGACCAGCCGCCGUGCUUCUCGCGUAAGGGCGUCCACAACUUCUCGUACCCGAGGACCGACCCGGUCGUCAUCAUGGCUGUGCUCUCGCCCGACCGGGAGAAGAUCCUCCUCGGCCGACAGCGUACCUGGCCCGCACGCUUCUACUCGUGCCUGGCAGGCUUCAUCGAGUCGGGCGAGUCGCUCGAGGAGGCGGUGCGGCGCGAGGUGUACGAGGAGGCCGGCAUCGUCGUUGGCGAGGCGGGCUACCACUCGUCGCAGCCGUGGCCGUUCCCGGCGUCCCUCAUGUUCGGGUGCUGGGGCAUCGCCAAGGACGAGAGCACGAUCCGCAUCGACCUCGACAACGAGCUCGAGGAUGCCCGCUUCUUCACGCGCGAGCAGGUCCUCGCCGUCAUCAACUCGUCCAAGCCGCUCCAGAUGACGCGCGAGCAGGUGUCACGUCUCGACGGCAAGGAGGGCGAGGCGGGCGCGACCAAGGACGGCAAGGCCGGGCAGCAGGGCGAUUUCCUCAUGCCUCCUGCCACCGCCAUCGCCAACACGCUCGUCACGGCGUGGGCCAACGGCACGCUCUUCAACCAGGGCCCGGGCUCGACGGGCACCCAGGCUUCAAAGAUGUAGCUUAGCCCGUGUAGAGUGGGAGGAAACGUAUCAUGUCCAUGUCC